AUUUUCCUGUUUAAACUUAGCGAAUUGGUCCUCUGCCUGUGCCUUGAUUUAGCUAUUGGGCUGAGCCUUGCUCCUCCCUUCCUUACUCGGAUAGGAGCCACUGGGAUCUGGAGCUCCAACUUCCAAAUUGCAGCUGGCCUCAGGCCAGGUGACCUUUUCUUUGCAUCUGCUCCAGUGGGAUCCGCCAGCACACCCAGCAGGACCAUGUGGGUGACCAGACUUCUGCCAGUCCUGCUGCUGCAGCACGUCCUCCUCCACCUCCUCCUGCUUCCCAUCGCCAUCCCCUAUGCAGGGCAAAGAAAAGUUGAAGAAAAGAAGAUAAAAUAAGGACAGAAGAAAAGAAGAAACACACUUCAUGAAUUCAAAAGGUCAGCAAAGACUACUCUAAUUAAAGAGGACCCAUUACUGAAGAUAAAAACAAAAAAAAUGAACACUGCAGACCAAUGUGCCAAUAGAUGUAUUAGGAAUAAAGGACUUCCAUUCACUUGCAAGGCCUUUGUUUUUGAUAAAGCAAGAAAACGAUGCCUCUGGUUCCCUUUCAAUAGCAUGUCAAGUGGAGUAAAAAAAGAGUUUGGCCAUGAAUUUGAUCUCUAUGAAAACAAAGACUACAUUAGAAACUGUAUCAUUGGUAAAGGCGGUAGCUACAAGGGAACGGUAUCUAUCACUAAAAGUGGCAUCAAAUGUCAGCCCUGGAAUUCCAUGAUACCACACGAACACAGCUUUUUGCCUUCGAGCUAUCGGGGUAAAGACCUACAGGAAAACUACUGUCGAAAUCCUCGAGGGGAAGAAGGGGGACCUUGGUGUUUCACAAGCAAUCCAGAGGUACGCUACGAAGUCUGUGACAUUCCUCAGUGUUCAGAAGUUGAAUGCAUGACCUGCAAUGGGGAAAGUUACCGAGGUCCCAUGGAUCACACAGAAACAGGCAAGAUUUGUCAGCGCUGGGAUCAUCAGACACCACACCGGCACAAAUUCUUGCCAGAAAGAUAUCCUGACAAGGGCUUUGAUGAUAAUUAUUGCCGCAAUCCUGAUGGCAAGCCGAGGCCAUGGUGCUAUACUCUUGACCCUGACACCCCCUGGGAGUACUGUGCAAUUAAAAUGUGCGCCCACAGUACUAUGAAUGACACAGAUGUCCCUAUGCAAACGACUGAAUGCAUUCAAGGUCAAGGAGAAGGUUACCGGGGCACCAUCAAUACCAUUUGGAAUGGAAUUCCCUGUCAGCGUUGGGAUUCCCAGUAUCCUCACCAGCAUGACAUAACUCCUGAAAAUUUCAAGUGCAAGGACCUAAGAGAAAAUUAUUGCCGAAAUCCAGAUGGGGCUGAGUCACCGUGGUGUUUUACCACUGAUCCAAACAUCCGAGUUGGCUACUGCUCCCAAAUUCCAAAAUGUGACGUGUCAAGUGGACAAGAUUGUUAUCGUGGGAAUGGCAAAAAUUAUAUGGGCAGUUUAUCCAAAACACGAUCUGGACUAACAUGUUCUAUGUGGGAUAAGAACAUGGAAGACUUACACCGGCAUAUCUUCUGGGAACCAGAUGCUACUAAGCUGAAUAAGAAUUACUGUCGGAAUCCUGAUGACGAUGCCCACGGUCCCUGGUGUUACACAGGGAAUCCUCUCAUUCCUUGGGAUUAUUGCCCUAUUUCUCGUUGUGAGGGCGAUACCACACCUACAAUAGUCAAUUUAGACCAUCCAGUAAUAUCUUGCGCCAAAACAAAACAAUUGCGAGUUGUAAAUGGAAUUCCAACACGAACAAAUGUAGGAUGGAUGGUUAGUUUGAAAUACAGAAAUAAACAUAUCUGCGGAGGAUCAUUGAUAAAGGAAAGUUGGAUUCUUACUGCAAGACAGUGUUUCCCUUCUCGAAACAAGGACUUGAAAGAUUAUGAAGCUUGGCUUGGAAUUCAUGAUGUCCAUGGGAGAGGAGAUGAGAAACGCAAACAGGUUCUAAAUGUUACCCAACUGGUAUAUGGGCCUGAAGGAUCAGAUCUGGUAUUACUGAAGCUUGCUAGGCCUGCUAUUUUGGAUGAUUUUGUUAGUACAAUUGAUUUACCUAAUUAUGGGUGUACAAUUCCUGAAAAAACCACUUGCAGUGUUUAUGGCUGGGGCUACACUGGAUUGAUCAACUCAGAUGGUCUACUACGAGUAGCACAUCUCUAUAUUAUGGGGAAUGAGAAAUGCAGCCAAUAUCAUCAAGGGAAGGUGACUCUGAAUGAGUCUGAAAUAUGUGCUGGGGCUGAAAAUAUUGUAUCAGGACCAUGUGAGGGAGAUUAUGGUGGCCCACUUGUUUGUGAACAACAUAAAAUGAGAAUGGUUCUUGGUGUCAUUGUUCCUGGUCGUGGCUGUGCCAUUCCAAACCGUCCUGGUAUUUUUGUCCGAGUGGCAUAUUAUGCAAAAUGGAUACACAAAAUCAUAUUAACGUAUAAGGCCCCACAGUCGUAGCUGGUAUAACUGUCUGAAGCUUCCAAUAACACAAGUCUCUUUUACAAGAAGAUUUUGGAGUACAUGGAAUUAAAAUGUAACUUAAAAAUCCUGAGACAACUACUUGAGUGUCAUGUUUGUUAAGAUACUCAUUAAUAUUUAUGGGCGUUUGCUGUUGUUUUGUUUGUCAGUGUUAUUUUGUAAAUGUUGAAGUGAAUUAAGGUACAUGCAAGUGUAGUAACAUAUCUCCUGAAGAUACUUGAAUGAACUAAAAAAUGCAAAGGUAUAAUUGCUGGAUGCUAAAGAUACAAUGGAAAAGAUCAAUUAAUUUCUCUCAGCUGCUUUCCAAGGUUAGUUUCAUAAUAAUAAAUAAACCAUAAGUUAAACAUUAUUUCAACCUCACAAAAACAAUUUAUAUCUUGUGUCCUUAAACUGUAACUCUAUAUUAAAUUAUAUUACCUUUAAUAUGCUAUACAUUAUAGUUCAUUCAUUUCUCCUCAUCAUGUAUCCUGUAAUACUGGUACAUAUACUUUUUACAAAAACAUAUACCUAUAUGCAAAUACAUGGGUACACAUGUGCAUACACUACAGUUCAAACUGUGGUGUAUCUAAUGUAAUCCCUAAAUAUGCUGAAAUUGUAUAUUUAUAGUUUUUCCUUAAGAAAAAUAUUUAAAAAAUUCUAAAGACUAGUAGGAAUAUUAAGGAAAAGUGCAAGAUAGAAGUGACUAGAUCAUCCUCCAUAUAAUCUGCAGAUGACCUCUACUCCUUGGCAAUUGAGGUGUGGUCAUAACACACAGAGUUAAAUAACACCUAACCUAGGUGCUUACGUAUAUUUAUUAUCCAAGUUAUUUUAGAUAGUUUCUGAUUCUUAAAGGGAAUAGGCUAUUUGUUUAUUAGUAUUCUUUCUUUCAAAUUUAGGGACACUUAUUUAUGCAAGGUAUUUUUAGAUCUUUUUUCCUAAAGUAGUUAAAAACAUGAGAGAUAACUAAUUGAAAUUUAAAAGUGUAAUGGUCCUUAAGAUGUAUUUAAGGAUCUAAGUCUAAGACUUGCUGCUGUGAUUGGCUUCUUUCUCAUCUUCUUUAACUUAAAAGCAAAUAUGUAAGAGGAAAAUUCCCAUGUCUCUAAAAUUUGUAAAUAGCCUUUCACCAAAUUAUGCAUUAAAAUAUAUAUUGAAGAAAGAAAUAAAAAUCACUUUGUCUAACUGGAGGUGUUUUAGUCUAAUCAAACUUUACUCAAGUAAAGGAAAAAAUGUAAAAGGAAAGGAACUAGUUUGUCUAAACUCUGUAUUCGAUUAUUUUUUAAAGUACAGUUAAAUCUGCUGAAUGAGGUAUUUUAUCAAAAUACCUUUAUUUUAUCUUACUUAAUUUUACAUAGAUCUUUCCUAAUGCAUGGGAAAUUUCAGAUUUUGUAUUCUGUAUGAUAAUAACCAGACCAUAUUUAUUAUUGUAUUAGUCAUGAUUAGCUAAAGAUCAUGUAUUUGUCAAGAAAUAACAAAGAGUAAUUAUUAUAUGUUCUGAAGUUUCACAAAAUAUUCCUGUAUAAAAAUUCUUUAAAAAUAAUUAUUUGAACAUUUUGAAUCUAGUACGUUCAUUUCUCUGACUUGUUUCUUUUGGAUGAUCUCAGUUAAGGCCACGGAUCCAAAUGAUGCUCUAAAAAUUCCAGAAGACACUGUUCAAUCUUGAGUAAAAUGGUUUUAAUUUUACUCAAGAACUUAGUUCAGAUUAUGGGCAGCAAAUCCAAAAUUCUUUUCGAAAUUGUGCCAUUUUCUUUAUUUUUUGUAAUAAUAUAUGUGCUGGUAUCAAGAAACAGUGACAGUGAAGAGAAAUCCAACAAGUUGCUAGUACAUAACAGUGUAUUGUAUUUUUCUCUCCCUUACGUAAUAUACCAUUAUAAUCAAACAGAAAUUUCCAAGGUAAAUUGUCUAGAUAUUAAAGUAUUUUUCAGUUUCUUCUCGCUAAAUGACAAAAUUUUAUUGUCACAUAUUAAUUAUAUUUGUAAAACACUUACUAAAUUGCAAUUCUUUUAAAUACUCACAUUUAAAAAUAUUUCUUUUAUGUCUUUUCCUCUAAAUUUCCACUGAGGGUAGAGAUGACAUAGAUACAAAAUGAAGCUAACUUUAUAGAUGUUUUGAACUCAGUGUUUUCCAUUUUAAUAAGGAUAAAACAAGACCACCAAUAACUAUCAGAUGUGUAAAAAGCAGUUCUUUUCUUUGGGAGUUCCCUUUUUAUAGGAGAUUGGUGGAAUAGAUAUAAAAGCAAGAUGAACAAGACCCAUGUUAUUUUAGGUGGUGCAACAGGGAAUAACCAUGUCAUUUUUCUCUGGUGAAAAAUACUAUUUCCUGGGCAUUCUUUUUUCUUAAUAAAAAAUAAAAAAUCCAAUUUUGUAAAAAUCCAUUUCAUUUGAGUCAUGGAAAAAAAAUCUUUAAAUUAGAAGUUUUCAAUGACAUUUUUAUUUUGGCUGUUUGAAUAAUGGUUAUGUGCUGUUAUAAUUGUGGACAUUUUCUUAUGUCUACCAGGAAUAGUAAUGUAAAAUUAAAAUAUUUGUCAUAAUGCCUCUGCCGUGCAGAAGGAAUGAUAAUCCUUUUGUGUACUUCUUUAAUUUUAUUGUGAAAUGUGUAUUGACUUUUACCUAUCUGCUGUGGGCAGGUCCUCAGUAAAAUGGUUUAUAUUGAGUGAAUCUCUAGUAUUAACAGGCUCUUGCUUGCUAUCUAAGUGUUUCAAACUAUGGGAAAUGUGAGACACUGGAGGGCAAGAAAAAUAACAAUAAUGACAUGUGAUAACAAAAUUGUAUUUCACUUAUUCCUGUGAAUAUUUCUUGUUGGUACCAAUGGUACUGUAGAAAGUGAAUGUUAUAGCCACAACAUUCUCUUGAAAAAAACACUGUCAAGAAAUAAGAAAUUGCUGUCAGGAAUUUUCUUGCUUUUUCUAAACAUUAAAAAAAAAAAUACUGGCUUUGCAAUAUAGGGAUCAUGUGGUGAAGAAUUUUAAUAAACUCACACUAAAAAUAUUUUAAAUUGACAUAGUCCAAAAAAGAACUACUUUCAAUCAAUUAUACCCCAUAUAUAUAGACAAACUCAUUUGAGAAAUAAAGUUAAUUUGAAUGAAAUAUAAUCUUUAUGUAAAUAAAUUAUGUUUCAUAAUAAAAUCCAAAAGAAUUUAUCUUUCAGUAUUCAACAAUUUUGAACUAAGAAUUUGCUAAUAUAAAAAAAGUUAAAAUUCUCUGGACCCUAUAAAUAUUGACAGUGUGGUUUUCAGUAGGUUCACUUCCAUUUGCACAGAAAGUUUCUGUCUUUAGGAAACUGAAAAUGGAAUACUGUGGAUGUUAUUACUGUUUGUCUUGUAUGUAAAUAGGAAAUAGAUAAGCUGCCUAUUGAGUGGUAUAGCUGGAUGCUUACCCAAAGGGGAACACUGUGGUUAUGACAUGUAUAUAAAUUUUCUGUAGUUAAUAAAGUUGUUAUUUUUAUAACCAUGCUUAUUAUUAUUAAUAAAAUAUUUUAUCAAAA